AUGGAAGUAGAAGGAACGGAUUUUGACCCCCUUACCGAAGAAGGUCAAGUCGAUAUUAACGAUGAAGAAUUUGACGCAUGGACUAAAGGCGAGGAAACCGACCCCCUAAUCUUCGACGAAGCUUUACGAGAAAAGUAUGGCAGUAGGUGGAAAAGGUUUAAGGCUUCCUUGGCUCGCAUGUGGCGAUCAAAGAAACCCAGUACCCCCAUCCCUACCUACUUACAGAUGGAAGAUUUAGGUCCAGUACCGGAACCUCCUACGCAAACUUGGGCGGAAAUGGUUACCAUGCGCAUGGACGAAUCCUUAGAGGAAAAUGUAGCCCCCGACUUUGACCGACUAACGGAGCUACUACCAGACUGGGAUCACACCAAAGCCCAGCUGGAAUUCGACGACAGCAACCAAUGGGGUAAGGAGAUCAUCAUAGGCAGACUUUCAAAAGCCGGCUCCAAAAUUUACGUAAUUAGGGAUGAAAGAGGUAGGUACUUUACCGACCCUAAAAUUCCUCCUACUUUGAAAAAAGCUAUAGGGGAGCCUAACUUAGUAGUGCAACAGGGCUUAUCCCAGGAGGAAACAAAAGCCGCCGUUAGUAGGUUCUUAAACAGGGCGGUUACGAAGCUACCAGCGGCAGCGGGAGGGCAAAUGGAAACCGUGGCAGACUUAAGGACGCAACUAGGAAAACAAAAUGAGUGGCUCCAAGCCAAAAACGAGGAAAUCGCCAGGCUGAAUUCCACGCAAAGGGAAAUGAACGCCAAAAUGCGUAAGAUGCAAUCCGAGCCCAACCCCACAAUCCUCGCGGAGCAAGCAAUUCAUCGGGUAAAGCUAAAGGAAAUGAGAGACGAAAUCGCGGAGAUCGCUCGCCAAAAGAAGGCGGCUGAAAACGCCUUAAACCGAAUUACCGCGGAGCGCGAUGACCUCUUAAAGGCAAAUGCGGACGAGGCGGCUCUUAGAGCGGCUUUCCAAGAGCUUGAGGCUGAAAACCAAUACCUUAAAGAAAGAAUUGAGGAAUUAGAAGGCGAAUACGCAGAUCAAAACGAAGCUACCACCAAAAGUCACGCUGCCCAAGUUGCCGACUUUCGGCAGCGGCUAUCAAAUUUACUGAGUAAGAAGACCACUGCCGAGAAUGACUUUCGAUCUGCUAUGAGUCGCUUGGCCGGUAAGGAUACGGAACUAACGCGCAUGGGAGAAGAAGUAGUGGAGAGUCAUGCUAGGGAAAGGCGCAUCAUGGCGCAAAUGGCCGAAAAGGACUUGCAAAUAGGGCAACUUCAAGAGACCAUUGAAGACCUGCAGGGGCAAAUAGAGCGGCAGCAAGAAGUAGUUGCGGACCAAACUCAAAAGACUGGAGAAGAGACACAGGGUGACCGUUGUUUAAUAGGCUGUUUACCACAGGAAGCCCGCGAAAACGACAAGUAA